AAACCCCUAAUGUUUAAUUUAAAAAAAAAAAAAAAAAGCAUCUCUGUAUAAGGUACAGUACUUUCUUUCCCCCCAAGAUUAGAGAGUGUUCGGUCUGAAGAUGCUUAUUGCUGGGAAUUGUCGAACUUUCUUUUGGAGUUCAGUAAGGCUUCUGGGUUAUUUUGUAUUUUAGCAGAAGUAACUAUGUGGCUGGUAGGAAGUUGGUUACUUUAGUUUAAUGCAUUACUCGGAUCCUGUUCUAGUUAAGAACCAAUUACUGUACACUGAAUUUUAGUGGCAUUUAUAUGUGCCCUGUAGCCAUAGAGAGUCUAUAUGAUGCUCCUAGUUUUGGACUUUGUACGCAAUGACUUUUUAAGAGUCGACUAAGAAUUCAGAAGAGAUGUAUCUGACUCGGAGGAAGCCAGCUCUGUACCUUAGAGAGGACAGCAGGUCAGGCCUGUUUCUGGGGAUCCUGCCUAGAAAAUGCAGCAUCUUUAAGUUAUUCUUGGUCUGCCUCUUUCUUGGGUUUCCAUCCAUGCUUUGGCUGCAGCUUAGUUGCACGGGUGGAGUCCAAAGGGAAGGACUCGAAGAUGUGUCUCCUCAGAAGUCCUGCCCACAAACUCCCAAGGCUACACAUGAAGAUCUAUCGUGGGGCCCUCACCGACUUGCGGUGCUGGUUCCAUUUAGAGAGAGAUUUGAGGAGCUCUUGAGCUUUGUCCCUCAUAUGCAUCAAUACCUAUCCCAGAAAAAAAUCCGUCACCAUAUAUUUGUUAUCAAUCAAGUGGAUCAUUUCAGGUUCAAUAGAGCUUCUUUAAUCAAUGUUGGUUUUUUGGAGAGUGGAAACGAUACGGACUAUAUUGCCAUGCAUGACGUGGACCUGCUACCUCUAAACCCGGAACUGGAUUAUGGAUUUCCAGAGAAGGGGCCCUUCCACGUAGCUUCCCCUGAAUUACACCCGUUGUAUCAUUACAAGACUUAUGUGGGGGGAAUUCUUUUACUCACCAAACAGCAUUAUGAAAUGUGUAAUGGAAUGUCUAAUCGGUUUUGGGGUUGGGGUCGUGAAGAUGAUGAAUUUUACCGCAGGAUCAAAGGAGCUGGACUUCAGCUCUUGCGGCCCAAAGGAAUAAGCACAGGAUACCAAACCUUCCGCCAUAUUCACGAUCCAGCUUGGAGAAAGCGAGACCAGAAAAGGGUUGCAGCUCAAAAACAGGAGCAAUUUAAGGUGGACCAUGAAGGAGGUCUUCACAAUGUCCAGUAUCGUGUGGAUUCUCGGUCCGAGAUCACCAUUGGUGGUGCUCCUUGCACUGUGCUGAAUGUGAUGCUGGAGUGUGACCUGGAUAAGACUCCAUGGUGUGUUUUGAGCUGAGCUCAUGCAUCUUGUUCCUCAAUGGACUCUUUAUAGAGACUAGAGAUCUCACAAACAGACAUGCGUCUCUGUAGCUAAUCAUGAACUGUAAUAAAUUUUAUAUAUUAUAAUAAAAAAUGUGAAAUCUCCAGGAC